AUGUAUAAUGACUUAGAAAGAUUCAUUAUAUUCACUGAAAGAGAUGAAUUUGAUAAAAAUCAAGAGCUCAAAAGCAGUUUAUAUCCAUAUUCUAACGGAAAAUAUUCAUUACUUGAAAUAUGCUGUUACCAUGGAGCAGUUGAUUGUUUCAAGUUAUUAAGAACGAAAUUUAACUCAGAAAUAACUCAAAGAUGUUUAGUAUUAUCAUUUUUAGGAGGAAAUCCCGAGAUCAUGAGUGAAUGUUUAAAAUAUCAAAAACCAAAUGAAAAAUGCAUGGAAUAUGCGAUUGUUUCACAUAAUAUUGAUUUUGUUACAUUCUUGAUGAAUGAAUACAAUAUAAAGAUCAAUUUAAUAUAUUGUGUAUGGCAUCAUAAUCUUGAAUCCUUUUUAGUUUAUUGGGAUCAAACUAAUGAUAUUGCAGCAUGCUUUAUUAAUUCAGCAAGGUUCAAUAUCCCAUCUCUUUGUGAAUAUUUCAUUUCCAAUGGCGUUCAUAUCAAUGCAAAAAAUAAAGAUGGAAUUACCGCACUUCAUAUUGCAGCAAUGAGUAAUAGUAAAGAAAUAGUCGAACUUCUUGUUUCACAUGGUGCAGAUGUCAAUGAAAAAGAUAAAUCUGGACAUACUGCUCUUCGUAUUGCAACACGUAAUAAUAGUAAAGAAAUAGUCGAACUUCUUAUUUCACAUGGUGCAAAGAUCAAUAAAAGGUAUUCUGCGAUGCCAUAA